AAACUCUCAACCAAAUUUAUUUCGCAUAAAAUAAAAUGAAAAUUCAUACUUUAGUGUCUUUGAUGAUGGUGGUGAGUGCUAGGUCGGACGAGAGGUCAGAUAAGACCUCGCAGGAGGGAUAGGGGGGGACACUUUAGGGGAUGGACAUCUUGGGCGUGACGGCUAGUGUGGAGAAGAACUACCGUCUGGCCUUGGGUUUCUUGCUGGGCAGUGCACGGGAAGGGCGGGCUCCUGUGGUAGGCGAAGGUGAUACGAGACUUGUGGCACUAUCCAACUGCUCCGUGGAGGGACGGUGGAUCAACAAGGAGAACGACAGGGAGAUGGCCAUCUUCCUGUCUCACCGUAGCGAGAGGACCUACAAGUCUACCUACAAGGUAGUGCAGUACCUGGGCUCGCGGGACUCUCGCGUGGGUAAGGGCGACACUCAAGACCCGAGGGUCUUGUCCCUUGAACUUAGGGACAGACGGAACAGGCGCCUGCCCUCAACCCAUCUUCUGCUGGCUUGCUUUAGGAACCACCUGUGGACCUUGGAGCUGCCCUUGCAGAAGGAGAAUCAGAUUAAACCCUCAAAUCGCUCCUCGACGAUUAUAGUCUACAGGAAGUACAUCUCCGACUCCUCUUCUGAGACGUCUGUCACCUCCUCCCAGACGCCCCUCUCAGCUAAGACAACCUCUCCUCCUCAGAAGUCCCUCUCAGCUAAGACAACCUCCCCUACUCAGAGGUCCCUCUCAGCUAUGAAAAUCUCUCCUUCUCAGGGGUCCCUCUCAGCUAACAAAUCUCUUAUGCCCCCGACCUCCCUCGCUAGAGCUAAGCGCUCUCUAAUACCACCUGGAAAUUCUUCGUCGGCUUCACUCUCCCAAAGUCCAGAAUCCAACUCCACACGCCUGUUGAUUAACGUAUCGGGUCCGGUACGUCUCUUCAAGAACUUUUCCGAGAGCACCGUAACGAAUCCAAACACGGAUGAAUCUGGAAUGUGUUUGCAGUGUCAAACGACUCCAGGAAGUUGUUGCUCCACCGAAGCCAGUGUUGGACACCCGGAGGAUGUAAAACCGAACGGAACUGUUCAGCCCACGGUCCCAGGUGAUGAACCCAUCAUCCCAACCGCCGAACCCACCGCCCGAGGGGCUCAACUUACAGUUCGAACUAGUGAUCCCACGUGGUUCAAACCUACGCCUACACCGAACUGGGCCACCCGGUCCCGUCGAACUCAUACCCACACGGUCGGUUGA